UAAACAAUCGUCUACUGUCGCGCUGACAAGUGUGAAAAUGUCGUGUAUUAAACGUCCAAGAUUACGAGUUUAUAAGUGACACCCAAAGACAUUGUGUGAAUGGACCGAUGGACUCCAUCAGAACGGUUUUGGUGACUGGGGGGUGUGGUUUUAUCGGCUCUCACCUUGUGUGUUACCUGGUUCGAAGCUAUCCCGAAUGGAAAAUUUAUAACUUGGAUAAUUUAGAUUACUGCUGCAGCCCAAGGUGUCUGGAGAGCAUUAAAAACAGAGCAAACUACACAUUUAUCAAGGGGGAUAUAAGUGACUCCCAGCUGGUGAACCAGAUCUUCAACACAGAAAAUGUUGACGUUAUCUUCCACUUGGCUGCCAAAACCCACGUUGAUUCAUCCUUCCAAACCCCAGCCAUUUUCCAGCAUGUUAACACCUACGGUACGCAAGUUUUGCUAUCGGCUGCCAGUCAGGCCCGCCACAAGCUUCAGCGCUUCAUCUACGUCAGCACCGAUGAAGUGUAUGGAUCAAGUGUAGAUGAGGUGUUUGAUGAGAGCAGUCCAAUGAGGCCUUCCAACCCGUAUUCUGCUUCAAAAGCAGCUGCAGAACUCCUGGUCAGGUUGUACUGGGAAAAUUAUAAGCUUCCCGUCAUCAUCACAAGGAGCAACAACAUCUAUGGUCCCCAACAAUACAUUGAGAAGGUCAUCCCCAAGUUUCUCACUUUGUUGCAAAUGGGCAAAAAAUGUACCAUUCAUGGAACCCUCCCCAAAUCUCGUCAUUUCCUCUUCGUCGACGACGCAGUCAACGCCUUUCUGAUGCUUCUGGAGAAAGGGAUUGUGGGAGAAGUCUACAACAUAGGGUCAAACUGUGAGAUAACCAUAGUGCAAUUGGCCAAGGAACUUGCCAAGAUGGUACAAAACGUGCCAGAUGCCGAGCUGAACAACUGGCUCGAAGUUGUGCCAGACAGGCCGAAAGUCGACAUCCGCUACCCCAUCAAAUGUGAGAAGCUGCAGCAGUUGGGCUGGAAGGUCCAGGUCCCCUGGCCGGAUGGCAUCAAACGGACUGUCCAAUGGUACCAGGACCACCCAGACUUCUGGUCGGACACACCAUAGGCCCCGAGAGAAGUUCGAAGAAACUAAUCAAUAGGUGCCUUGUUUUGUCACUCUCGCUGUCUUAUCUGUAUUGUCCAUCUUAUUGGACCAAUAGGUGGUGGUGGGGUGCUCAGCCUCACUUGACCAAAACACUGUGAAGUAAACUUGAAAUCGCAAGUGACAAGAA